UUGCAAAUGACAGUGGACACGUAUAUUGUUAGUUGCUCGAUGUUACGAAAUAAGAAAUGCGUGGCCACUUCACAUUGUUUAUGUAUGAAUCAUACACCGCCCUGUGCUGCGUUCAAAUCUCACCUUAUUGUGUCCCCGCGAUCAUUGGUUAGAUUUAUAUUGUGUUGCUACAAAAAAUGAAAACACGUAGUCAUUGUAGAUGUAUGUGAACCAUCUCGUGUAAUACGAAACUGUGGGUAGCAGAAGUUUUGCCCCAAACCUGAUUAUGAAGUGAAUAUUGCCUGUCAUGGAGGAUUUAUGAGGAAUAUAUUUAUGGUUUAGCUCAUAAGAGAGCUGAUGUCUGGUGGCGAGGCCAGUGUGUGAGAGUUGACCAUGACUCACUCCAGCGGCCAUGACGGACACUCUCAACCGCCAGACCAGGACUCGGAUUCUGGAAGAGCUAGUUCGAAACACAGGAGCAGACAGGGACUUCGCCCUCGGGCUUCUGCAAGAGCACAACUGGCAGCUUCAGGACACCUACAAGAAGAUAGAAAAACUGUGUAUUGAUUCAGUACAGAAGGCCAGAAAUAUGCAAAACCAUCCAAAUAACCGAGGCACUCCCAUCCCUGUUCAUCACAUGGGAACCCCCCCCAGGUCAUUGCCUGGUCAGCGGGGAGGGGGAGCGUUCCCCCCCAGUAUCACAAACACGGGGGUGGGGAGGGCUGGGGGAUACACUGUUUCAUCUAGCCGACCGGGCUACGACACUAUGCCCAUUCAGAGUCACACCAUGGCCCAUCAAGGCUUCCCCAUUGUCUCAAAUGAUCUUCAACAAAACACAAGGCCAAGGUCACAAGUAGAUCAUGCUUAUCGACCCACAGAGAGAAUAGUACCUAUCCAUGUGGAGAGAGGGCCUGCUGUCAAGCUACCCGCGCCCUCGAUUCCACAAUCUCAGACCCGGUCCAAUGAACCCCGACCCUUUCAGCACCAACAGUAUCAACAGCAGCAACAGCAGCAGCCAUCUCCACAGCAGCACCAUAGGGUCCUGCCCAACCCUUCACCACAGCAAGGCUUCCGGCCCCCGCAGUUCCAGCGCCAAACCCAUGUCCAGGAGUCCAUGCCCCUCUCACUGGAGGAGCAGAAGGCUCAGAAAGCCAUGCCGCCUCCCCCGCCGCCCGGACCCACAGACAAACCCAAGGACACCAGCAAUGUCACCUCAGGCAGCAAACCAGCUGGAGAUCACACCCCUAAAUUAAAGCGAGGAAUUUCCAAUAUAAUGGAGAAUGUGAACUUGGUGUCGGAGGCCAGAUCGAGUGUGCUUCAUGACAUUGAGGAGGACAGCCACGAUCACAUGUACCUGCUGACCUUCCUGCUCCCGGACCUGACAGUUUACUCCGAGGACUUCAGGGCCUACCUAGAGAAGGACCUGAUCGAGACUUCCACUCUCGUGUCUCUGGAGCAAGCAGGGAGACUGAACUGGUGGGCGGAGAUGAGGAUCUGUCAGCGCCUUCUUCCCAUGGCCACCUCCGGAGAUGGCAACUGCCUCCUCCACGCCGCGUCACUAGCCAUGUGGGGCAUCCAUGACAGGCAGCUGAUACUUCGCAAUGCUCUCUACGCCAAGAUGACAAGGGGGAGCUGUAAGGAUAACUUGUACAGGCGUUGGAGGUGGCAGCAGACACUCUCAAAUAAAGAGUCCGGCCUGGUAUUGUCUGAAGAGGAGUGGCAGGCGGAAUGGGACAAUCUGUUGAAGCUUUCAUCCCCCACGCCACGCACAUUUCCUGAAACAACAAAGAGAAUCAGCUGCUGUGACAGUCCAGUUACUCAUGGCAACACGUCGUGUGACCCAGUGGUGUACGAGAGUCUGGAGGAGUUCCAUGUGUUUGUGUUGGCCCAUGUGCUGCAGAGACCAAUCAUUGUUGUUGCUGACACUGUCCUAAAGGACUCAGGAGGAGAGGCCCUAGCCCCCAUACCAUUCGGAGGGAUUUAUCUCCCCUUGGAGUGUGAGGCGAAGAUGUGUUACCGCUCCCCUCUGCUGCUGACGUAUGAUGCUGCACACUUCUCCGCACUGGUUCCCAUGGAGCAGGAGGUCUCGCCUGAUGACAAACCCUUCCUCCCCAAAAAUGGUGUUCCUGUUACAGUUGCGAUCCCCCUGGUGGACCCGAACUUUCAGCUGCUUCCUCUUCAUUUCCACAUCGAUCCUGGUCCUCGCUACGACUGGAACAAAGUCAACAGCAACAAGAAGGUGGCGGAGCUGACGUCAGAGGACAAACUGAACCUGCUGCAGCAGUUUAUGAAUGUUGAGAAGCUGCAGAUCCCGACCCUCGACACCGACUACGACAGCGACAGGCAGUCCUGCGGAUCCUAUGAGUCUGACGAUAGCGUGGGAUGUGUCGGGAACAAGGAGAAGAAGAAGGAUGCCAAGGUGUCACAGCAGAUGCACAGUGUGGCCAAACAGUUCGGGAGCAUCGGUAAAAGCAUGGGCAAGAAGAUCAAGAAAAACUUUGGGAAUAUUGGUAAAGCCAUGAAGAAUAUUGGUGACUCUGACAAAAGCAGUCGGCGCCAGUCUGUGGGGAGUGUCAUCACUCAGAGCACGAAGGUUAUUGCUACCAUUGCUACUGAUAUUGGUCGUGAUAGAGUGUGGUGUGCCAGGCUCUCUGUCACAAGGACAAAGAUGCAGCAGGAGCUUGUCAAGAACUAUCUCCACACGUCCAAACAACGCUUUGAGAAGGACCGAGACUUGUGGCGGAAAAAGAAUGAAGAGAUUCGUAACCGAGUCAGCACCCAUUCCAUCGCCUCCACUGUGACUUGUGUGACCCCAGGCUGUCAGAUGUUUGGCACAGCCGAGACUGCGUAUCUGUGUUCCAAGUGUUACUCCCAACAGAAGCAGGAAGCCAUCGAUAAGGAGAAGCAGCGAGGGCAGUUUGUGUAUAAUACUUUCCCAGGCAGGAACAAGGGGGUGGAGGAAGCUACCAUUGUCAAGUUGGGCAAGUCCAAGUUCUACACAGGGGUAGAGGAUUAUUGUCCUGACAGACCUGCUCUGCAGGAUUCCAGACUGUCUGUAGUAGCUAACAUGGACCGCCAGCAGUCUCGCUCUGUUGGUGAUGUGUCCAAAAUGGGCCAACAUGGCCCCCAUGCGCGCACCCCAUCUCCCGACUAUGACAAUGUGGACUACAGGUUUACUGAACUUCAGCACCAAAGAAGAUCCAGUUCCACUUACAUUACUUCCAGCCAACCGGCUUCAAGACCACCAGUUGGUUACAACCAAUCAGCUUUAAGGCCUCCAUCUGGUCUUAGCCAAACGGUUUCGCGGCCAACAUCAGGUGUCCAAAUUCCAGCAGAGCUGUCCCAGUCUAAUCCUCGGUUGACCGCAGGACCUGCACAGGGCGGCCAGCGACAGUACUCAAGUAACAGAUGUAGAAAUGAUGGUUGUGAUUUCUUUGGGAGUCCUGAGUUAGAUCACCUCUGUUCUGGGUGUUACAAACAAAGGCAACAGUCUAUGCACUCGCAGGCCCGAGCACAGACUCGACUAUAGCCCAGCUGAUGGGGACCACAGCUCAUUAAGGCCUCUCACCUUUGGUGUUGGGCAGCGGCAUCCUCAUGUACAUGCUGUUACAGCAAGAAAUAUUCGUUUUAAUGAUUUCUGUUGUGUGUAAUACUAAGAUAAGGAUCACUGCGUCCAUGUGGGCUAUAUCUGUCUUGAUUUUGGCAAUGGUUAUGUCUCAAAACAUUUCUCUAUUUGGAUGAUAAUAUUAUCAUCCGGCAAGUGAGACUGUUGACACAAGUCAACAUUGAAGUAAGUUAUAAGUACAUGGUUGCCCAAUCACCUAGCGGCCUGGAGAAGCCCCGAUGAGCUGAUGGAACACUGUGCCUGAGAUCCAGCCCUAGUUUACAGCCUGUGAGAAGCCUUCACAUUUCUCAGGCCAACUCCUCGUAGACACUGGUAGCAUUAUGUUGUGGAAGUGCAUCUUCAAUGCAAUAUCAUUUCUAGGUUUCUACAGAAGUUUCACCUUUGUUACCACUAUUGGUAUUUGCAAGGGUGCUGCAUGCUCGGUAUCAGUAGAGUAGAGAUCAAUUCUGUAAUUUAACAUGUUCAAAGGAAUCCACUUUUGUGUCCAUGAUAAUUGUCCCGAUACGCCUGUGUUCUCAUGACAUGGUUUUAUGAAGUUUUUAUUAACAGAAUUUAUGUUUACACAACAUAAUAGGUUCAUCCCACAUAUUUACUGAUUGUACAUGACAUGUCGGAGUGCACAGUUAGUGUUGUGUGUGGCAUGACAGUCCGUGUAUAUACGUGUGUAUAUUUAUUGUCGUCCAUGUUUUACGUGACUGGUUUGUGACACAGCUGACCAGAUACUGCAAUCUCACUCCCGCUGAUGUACAAUUCAUAGUAACCAACUUGGCCCUUUGUCCAAGUAAUGUGAGUGCAACGACAGUUUUAGAAACCAUAGGCUUACAAGUGAGGGAAUACGGUUUUACGCCAUUUUUAGCAAUAUUCCAGCAAUAUCACAAUGGAGAACACCAGAAAUGAGCUUCACAUGUUGCGCCCAUGUGGAAAAUUGUAAAUGGUCAUCGGCGUGACGAACGAACGCUUUCACACACUUGAGACAGUUGUCGCACUGAUGUUGCUUUGUGGAGUCCAAUCGAACGUAGUUGUUGAUCUUGUGGAAUGACUGAUAAUGUGAAGAAUACCUAGGUAAGGUUGAGCUGUGAUGUAGCAUAUUAGAGUUAUAUAUUUAUUAAUCCUCACUUACUUACUCUGUGUUCACUUAUUGAAGUAUAUAUCUAUAUCUAUAUAUUAUUUAUUUACCAUGUAGCAGGAAAAUAAGAUUUUGAAAAAAAAUCUUUGAUACUACGUGGUACAAUUGUUCAUGUUAAGCCAAACCUAAGUAGUGAUGGUAUUUAGUAUAUGUGUUACCAUGGUUACCAGGGAACAUUUUAUUGUUUCCUUCAUCAUUUGAAGCCAGUUCGAUGAAGUGAUGGGAUGAUCGUUUUUUGGUGUACUCUAAUGCGUGGUGGAUUGUGAAGAUGGGUUUAGACUAUCUAAUCAUAUGUUACUUCUGGACUACACGUACGUUACGAUGAGAUUUACGAUUCAUACAGGGUCCGCCAUACUUAUGACAUUCAGAAUCAUAUACACUGGGUUUACAUACUGGUGGUAUAUUUUUGUCUCAUUUGUUGAAAGUCACAUGACACCAAAGAUUAAAUGAAUCUGUAGUUUUGUACUAAAAUAUUGUGAACUACAUUCAGACAUAUCAUCGUGUUAUUUUGGAGAUGCUUCGUUGAUGUAUUUACCCUGUUGUCUGCGUGUGGACAGUCAGCAUGCUGGAGAGUUGACCUUUGUACUUACUGUUUCACGUCUUUGUAAGUACACUGGUAUGUUGAGCUGACAUUUAUUGCUAACUAUGUAAGCUCACUCGAGUCACUUUGGGCAGUUGUGACCCAGGUGUCAUGGCACUGUUCUGCAGAAUCUGGUAGUGAUUGAGUUUGCAGGCACCCAUGCUUGUGGGUUUCAGACUUCUCCGACCUAUGUCACUUCGGGCUUUCCUCCAACAUUAAAGGAACAUGCGGUGAUGUAACAGUUGAUAUCCCAACUCACUCACUCACUCAGUCCACCAUGUUCUCAUCAUGUGUCAGUAGACAUUCUAGUCAAGUGGUCAAUCUUAGCAUCUCAUGAAUACGGCUUCCAGCCGAGUCAAGGUCAAGGUUGUUGAAAAAAAGGAAGUUGAACCACAACAAAGAUGAUUACUUUGCAAUGUGGCAGCUUUGCCGAGACUCCAUCAACAUAUGACUGUCUUCACAAAGUUCUAAUGAAACAACAUUUGAUUUAUUGUCGUGAAACUAGAUAACUAGACAGAGCAUCUGAUUGAGUGCUUUCAGGCCUCAUGUGGAUAAGAUAGAGUGUGAAUGUAUUCACAGUUUGUAAUAACAAAGGAAUAAACAAAAGCUUUCACUAUCACCAACUUAGCUAGAACACACCAGUGUCGUUCUUGACCAGAACAAUGGCCUCCACCUGGUGAUGUCUGAAGAGCAUCUUGUGAACAUCAGUAACUGAAGUUGUGAAGUACGUCGACUCUGAAUAAGGUGUAUUAUGUAGGGUGAAGCUGAGAGUAUUCUGGCCCUGGGGAAUCGGGGAAUCAUUUCAGUCUAAUACUGUCUUACUGUCGUGUCAUACUGGUGAUUGAUACUUUUAGUUGAGGAACAACAGUGACUGUUUUGGGGAAUGUUUUUAAUUUCUUAAGAAAACAAAACAAGUAUAGCACAUCUGACAAGUGGGAACAAACGACAGGCUUUGCUAUGUGACCUGAAUCAGGCUGGGGAAUUCUUAAAACAACUGCAAUGAAUUGGUGUGAUGGUGUAUAUAUGUGUGUUUAUGUUUGUGUGUGUGUGAGUAUGUGUGCGCGCGUGCAUGUGUGUGUGUGUGUGUGUGUGUGUGUGCGUGCGUGCGUGAGUGCGUGUGCUGUACACACGCUGUUGCUGCAAUGUAUACAUAUUGAUAUUCAUGGAACAUAUCAGCUCUGCUCAGGCGCUGGGUUGCGGGAGGGCUACAAUGUUUAUUAUGUGACCUGUCUUAGCAAAUCCUAGUCAUCUACAGGCUAUUAUCUGUCAACUUUCUCAUUUAUCAAAUGGAUAUUUCACAGAUAAAUCACCUUGUACAUGAAAUAUCAAUGGCCGCUUCCAGGGUAAAGGUGUGACACUGUGGUUCUAUAAUAUCUUUUGGAUCUUGAUGGUGCUCUUUGAAAAUAGAAAAUAAUCUGAACGUGCAAAUCUCAUUAAUCAGCCUUGACUAUCCAGUAUCUUAUAUUUGCGUUCGAUUGUGAUAAACACCCUGGACGAGGAUGCAGUGGUGUUGUUGCAUCUGUCUGUGUCUGCAUCUGCGUCAGCAUCGGAAGACUGAUUGACAUCAUUCUACAAAAAUGAAGCAGGGUCUGUGUUGGGAAUUCACUCAAGCAGUGAUGUGAAUGUGCAAGUGGGUUGUAUACUCCCCUGGGAGCUGAAAAUGAUUGUGCACACUUGAUGUAUGCUACAGGCUCCAUCACCAACACUGCAGUGCUCAGAGUUCUAUUGGAUCAUGGUUGUGUUCUCUCACAAAGUUACAAUACUCGGUGCUAGGAUUGAUUACCACUAGCAUGAUUGCUAUUCUUUGUCUUAGACGUACAACACUUGGUGCUAAGAUUGUUUGCUUUGACUCCUAUACUUUAUCUAAGAAUGAAGAAAGUCUGAUGGCUUCUGAUCUGUACACAGGCCGUGGUGACAGACUUCUUCCACUUUCUGUUGCCCUGAAGGUGUGGCUUUGAAAGUGUCACCCAGAUGGUGUUGCUCUCAUUGGGGACGCUCUGAAGGUGUCGCCCUAAUUGGGUGGCUCUGAAGGUGUCACUCUCAUUGGGGUGGCUCUGAAGGUGUUGCCCUUAUUGGGGUUGCUCUGAAGGUGUCGCCCUCAUUGGGGCUGCUCUGAAGGUGUUGCCCUUAUUGGGGUUGCUCUGAAGGUGUCACCCUCAUUGGGGUGGCUCUGAAGGUGUUGCCCUCAUUGGGGUGGCUCGGAAGGUGUUGCUGUCAUUGGGGUGGCUCUGAAGGUGUUGCCCUAAUUGGGUUGCUCGGAAGGUGUUGCUGUCAUUGGGGUGGCUCGGAAGGUGUCGCCCUCAUUGGGGCUGCUCUGAAGGUGUUGCCCUCAUUGGGAUUGCUUUGAAGGUGUCACCCUCAUUGGGGUGGCUCUGAAGGUGUCACCCUCAUUGGGGUUGCUCUGAAGGUGUCACCCUCAUUGGGUUGGCUCUGAAGGUGUUGCCCUAAUUGGGUGGCUAGGAAGGUGUUGCCCUCAUUGGGGUGGCUCUGAAGGUGUCACCCUCAUUGGGGUGGCUCUGAAGGUGUUGCCCUAAUUGGGUGGCUCUGAAGGUGUUGCCCUCAUUGGAGUUGCUCUGAAGGUGUUGCCCUCAUUGGGGUGGCUCUGAAGGUGUUGCCCUAAUUGGGUGGCUCUGAAGGUGUCACCCUCAUUGGGGUGGCUCUGAAGGUGUUGCCCUAAUUGGGUGGCUCUGAAGGUGUUGCCCUCAUUGGGGUGACCUCAUUGGAGUGGCUCUGAAGGUGUCGGCCUCAUUGGGGUUGCUCUGAAGGUGUUGCCCUCAUUGGGGUUGCUCUGAAGGUGUUGCCCUCAUUGGGGUUGCUCUGAAGGUGUUGCCCUCAUUGGGGUUGCUCUGAAGGUGUUGCCCUCAUUGGGGUUGCUCUGAAGGUGUUGCCCUCAUUGGGGUUGCUCUGAAGGUGUUGCCCUCAUUGGGGUUGCUCUGAAGGUGUUGCCCUCAUUGGGGUGGCUCUGAAGGUGUCGCCCUCAUUGGGGUGACUCUGAAGGUGUUGCUCUCAUUGGGGUGACUCUGAAGGUGUCGCCCUCAUUGGGGUGACUCUGAAGGUGUUGCUCUCAUUUGGGUGACUCUGAAGGUGUCGCCCUCAUUGGGGUGACUCUGAAGGUGUUGUCCUCAUUGGGGUGACUCUGAAGGUGUCGCCCUCAUUGGGGUGACUCUGAAGGUGUCGCCCUCAUUGGGGUGACUCUGAAGGUGUUGCUCUCAUUGGGGUGGCUCUGAAGGUGUUGCUCUCAUUGAGGUGACUCUGAAGGUGUCGCCCUCAUUGGGGUGACUCUGAAGGUGUCGCCCUCAUUGGGGUGACUCUGAAGGUGUCGCCCUCAUUGAGGUGACUCUGAAGGUGUUGCUCUCAUUGGGAUGACUCUGAAGGUGUUGCUCUCAUUGGGGUGACUCUGAAGGUGUUGCCCUCAUUGAGGUGACUCUGAGGGUGUUGCCCUGAUGAUGCUCUGCAGGUUUUGCCCUGAAGGCAUGGCCCUGACGCUGCUGCCCUUUAUGUGUUAUUGGGGCAGUAGACAAUAGUUGGUGAUGGUCCAGUGUGUUUUCUACUGGUCUUGCGUUAUUGACAGAUUUUCUAACCUGAAGGAACUGUAUAUGUUAUCUCAGAACUGUGAAUAUGCUUGAUCCAUAUGAAUGGAUUUUCUAUGUUUCUGUACUGUUUCAACUUGUUUGAUGAUGUUUGAACAAACACAGUUGUUGAUGCCUGUCAACAUUACACAGAUAUGGAGGUAUUUGCACAACAGAGAUAUCCAAGCUUCUUCUGUUUAAUACCAUUACUUCAAUUCUCCCUCUUUCCAUCUUUCUAGUACUUCCAGGCAAUCUUGUUUUACAUUGAUGAUGUGCCCUCGAAUGAUGUCAGAGACUGUCAUCUUUGACACCCCCUCUAGUCUUGUCAUGCUCGUCUGGUACCUGUAUCCUCGACAUGACUUCAGACGUAAAUAACUGGAUGUACCCAUUGGGUGUUGAUAAGCCCCGUUGUGACUGCAAACUAUAUAUGUUAUGCCAGUGGGCACAGCAUCAAGUCCUGAUCCCUCAUUCCACAAAGUGAUCUUUGCAUAAGUCUAUGUUGAAGAAUGGACAGUAGGAUUGUCUUAGUCCUAAGAUCAGUUUGUUGAAGCUGGCUGUGAGGCAGUGUUAGGCUUGAACAGGGCAGUGUUGUUAUUGGAGUAUUUUACUUUGAACAGGUGUGCUGGUGUUUCACUUCUUUAACCGCCCAGUUCUCAGCUCCCUGGGGAGAAUACACAUAACCCUUAUCAACAAAAUCAUUGGAAUUUGCAGAAAUGUAUGCCCAGUACACCCAAAUACAUGUAUAGAAUGAACACAGAGAAAUAUUAUUUUUGGUCCUGAAGGACGCACAAUAACAUUCGUAGUACCAAAUGUUUUACAAGGGCUGGCUAAAAAGAUUGAUAAUCGGAAUCAUCGUCAAUUGGAAGAAAUUAUUGAUAUGAAAAUUGUGUCAUCAAUAACAUCUUACAUAAACUAUUGUGAUGAAAUUAAGUUUAAAUUUACCGAAACAGACUUGUUAUUGUAAAUUAUGUCAACUGCCAGAGACGGAAAGCAACUGUUAUUGUAUUAACUUAAUUGUCCCUAAAGUAACACACACAUAAAUUUGUCACUACUCACCAGUGGCAUGACUUUGUGUCGACUUUAUUUUCAUUUUUCCUUAAAGUUACUUCUCCGAUAUUUAUCAAUAAUUGAUCAGUAUUUCGUUAACGAUUAUCAAUCUGUAUGAUCUGUAUUGAUGGCCAGCCCUACCGCCACAGCUUGGUAGGGACAUGUCAUCUCACCCACGGGCAUUUGGAUGGGACUGCUGUUGACCACCAUGUCAUUCAAAUAGAGCCAGAAGCUAUCGUAGCAUAUAGAUCCCGGGUGGUUGUCGAUCAGAACAGGUUGGAAAAUAUACAUACUGGAUAAUGAAAGUGAGUUCUCCAUGCAUUCAGACUCUUUCCAUGAGGUGAUCUUAGUGCAACAACAGUUGGAAAUGUUUCUAUUAGAUAUGGGAGUCAUGACAGUCGUAGUGCCAGAUUGCUUGGGGGUGAACUGGAAAUAGUGUUCCAGGUUUGUAUACAAUGAAUGCUGUAUGUAAUCUGCCACCUGCUCAGAAGGCCACGCUUGUAGUUCUGGCAUAGGCAGUAAAAACUUGUUAUGUUCAUGGAAGUCACAUGGGAGGACGAGGCUCGUGUCACACAUAGGACGAGGCUCAUGUCACAUGGGAGGACGAGGCUCGUGUCACAUGGGAGGCUGUGACUCGUGUCACAUGGAGGACGAGGAUUGUGUAUGUUGUUGUUUACAGGAAUCAUUUCACUCCAGGGCAUCGUGGUCGAUGCAUGGUUCACAUAUAUCAUCCUUGUAUUCAGCAGGCGGGACGUUGAAGCGUCUCACAUCGAGGCAUGGCUGUAAUUAUGAACAAUGAAGUAUUGCUUUGAAUUAUUUAAUGUAUGUUGAUAUAUUUGUUCUUCAUUGUUUGAUUAUGUUGAUUCUAUACUGAUAUCAAAUCAUGGUGCUUUCUUUUUGUUUUAAGAUUUAUUAUCAUUUGUGAACUUUGACAUUUGACAUAUCAUGUAGAUAUGGUGAACAUGUUAUAUUACUUGUUUAAGAAUGGUUCGUUUUCAUCCAACAUUCUGGUUUGUGAGGAGUUGUAUAUUGCUUGUUUAAGAACGGUUCGUUUUCAUCCAACAUUCUGGUUUGUGAAGACUUGUAUAUUGCCUGUUUAAGAACAGUUGGUUUUAAUCCCACAUUCUGGUUUGUGAGUAGUUGUUUUCUUCUGAGGCGUUUGCCUUGUCAACUUUUAUCUGAAGUUAUUAAUGCAACGAAACUUACAUUUCAGCUUUAAUUGUUGCUGGCACCACACCUGUGCACACCUGUAUAGAGCCAUUGUCGGACUGCGUGUUGUGUGUAGGUCAGCGUUCCCAAGGUCAUGUGUAGCUAAUGUUAUAUCACUCUGUGACCCAGGAGUUGUUCAGCAAAAGUCCUAAGUCUACAGAAAUGCCAUUAACUUUAAUGUUGUCUAGCAAGGUCAGCACUUACUUAUUUUGUUACAGAUCAGCCUACCAUUAGUGACAUGGUUAGAAUCCUUCCCUGACAUGGUUGGAAUCCUUCCCUGACAUGGUUGGAAUCCUUCCCUGACAUGGUUGGAAUCCUUCCCUCACAUGGUUAGAAUCCUUCCCUGACAUGGUUUGAAUCCUUCCCUGACAUGGUUGGAAUCCUUCCCUGACAUGGUUAGAAUCCUUCCCUGACAUGGUUGGAAUCCUUCCCUGACGUGGUUGGAAUCCUUCCCUGACAUGGUUAGAAUCCUUCCCUGACAUGGUUGGAAUCCUUCCCUGACAUGGUUAGAAUCCUUCCCUGACAUAGUUGGAAUCCUUCCCUGACAUGGUUAGAAUCCUUCCCUGACAUGGUUAGAAUCCUUCCCUGACAUGGUUGGAAUCCUUCCCUGACAUGGUUGGAAUCCUUCCCUGACAUGGUUAGAAUCCUUCCCAAAUAACCAAAACACUCGUACUGAGAAUAGGCUUGUGAGAGUUGUGGUGUGAGCAUUCAAUCACUAUAACCAUGGUCUCUAUAGGAAACAGCUUUGUAUAGGAUUAUACAACCAGACCAUUUAUUCUGUGACUUGAACAAACAUGUUUGUUCUAAUACAUUUACUUUACAUGUUCAAUACAGAAUCUUCCUACUGUGUAUUCAACAGCAGAUGUAUUUUAGUAUUCAGUCAAUGAAACCUGGCUAUGAGUUAGUCGGUGUAUUGUCUCCGUUCUGGUACGAUAGCUCCCUGGACCCGCUCACCACCGGAGCUUGUUUCGGAAGUCACCAGCUCAAUCUCUCUUGUCAUGAACUAAAAACAUCACAUACAGCUCCUGAACUUGAAAUCAACAACCAAUCAAAAUGACUUCUGAAUAUGAGUUCUUCCAGGUCUACUUUAGGAGCAAGCCAACGCCACUUUAAAGUAUUUUGAACCGAUAGAAACACACAUUUUGCUGUUGUAAAAUAUGUUUCCUGAGUAUAAAGAACCUCUUUACACCACCAGACAUGAGAGAAGAGUCUAAAUUGAUCAGACAAAUAUCUUAAGUGUUGUCCUCAAUACGAAGCUAUGGUGGUGAAUGGAUCCUGAGUAUAUAUCACACUAGAAUAGAGUCUUGCUUGACAGCGGUACAAGGAUCUAUACCGAAAUUCCACUAUAAUAGUAUAUUAAAGAAGUUGUUAUACAUAAAUUGUAUCUGCUUUGUCAUCCCUCAACUUCUAAGAGCGGCCUAUCAAACAACUCCAUAGAAUGGCUUGUUGAGGAUGAUCAUAGAACGGAGGUACACUGGCUAGUUGAGGAUGAUCAUAGAACAGAGGUACACUGGCAUGUUGAGGAUGAUCAUAGAAUGGAGGUACACUGGCUAGUUGAGGAUGAUCAUAGAACAGAGGUACACUGGCUUGUUGAGGAUGAUCAUAGAACGGAGGUACACUGGCUAGUUGAGGAUGAUCAUAGAACAGAGGUACACUGGAUAGUUGAGGAUGAUCAUAGAACGGAGGUACACUGGCUUGUUGAGGAUGAUCAUAGAACAGGUACACUGGCUAGUUGAGGAUGAUCAUAGAACGGAGGUACACUGGCUUGUUGAGGAUGAUCAUAGAACGGAGGUACACUUGCUAGUUGAGGAUGAUCAUAGAACGGAGGUACACUGGCUAGUUGAGGAUGAUCAUAGAACAGAGGUACACUGGCUUGUUGAGGAUGAUCAUAGAACAGAGGUACACUGGCUAGUUGAGGAUGAUGAGUGGAGUCCUGCACGUGUUGUCAUGUUGUCUUGCUGUUCCUGUUCUCUACACACCAGGGCACCUGUACAUAGGGCACUGACACCUCUACAUAUCUGUACAGCGACGGCUAACUGUUGAUUCAGUACUAUGCACAACGUUAUCAUGCUAAGUUGAUCCAUCCAUAGUCUACUGCUGGGAUUAGUGACAUAUUUCUUUCACCAGCUCGAUCUCGAGGUCAUCUUGGCUGCACAGCAUCCAGCAGAGCUGAAGUGGAUUGCUGGAGCAGAAAUUACUUUGUGGAGGGCUGAGAUAUUUUGUUUGGACAACUGAGGGAGAGGUCAUUACAUACCUAUGCCAUGUCAUGUCAUGGCUUAAUUCUGAUAAAUUCUGAAAUAUAUAUAAUGUCUGCCAAUCUUGCCUCUCCCUUCAAACUGCACUCAGUAUCGAUGUUGAAGAACAUCAUCUUUUCCUGUUUGUUUUGUCCUGAGUUUGUGUAAUAUGAGCAAGAGGAACCUUUCUGUGAUGAAGCAGCUCGUAGAUAGCUUGGAGCAUCUUGAUAACGUUAUAUGUGAAGGAUCCUCAUUCACCAUGGUCACCUUGUGUUCACUGGGGUCCGAGAUACGCUUCAGCAUGGUCUGGCUAUGUAGUACUUCAACGAUCAUGUGUUUACACUUGUAAUUGUCAACAUUUCAUGAUUAAUAUUCUCUGAUCUCAUUAAUAAUACAACUAUAAAGCAAUAGAGGAGCUGUUAGUGCUGAUGAAAGGAUUUCUCUCCAGGAACUUGUGGUAUGUGUGAUGGACAGCCAAGUCCCAUGUCAUGUGCUCAAAUUGACCUGUCACCCUGUUGUCAUGGAAACACUUCAUGAUCAUACUAAUGCGGUCAUCUGAUUGACAACGUGUCAUGCGGACUCCUAAAGUCAGAGCAUCUGGCUGCCAUGUGGUGAAAGUUGCUCUGUUGGCGCCAGGCUUAACACAGAUUCACAAACUAGCAGUGCCUGGAAAAUCUUGUUCAACGGGUCAUGAAGGGACUUGGCUAGUUCGUCAUCAUUCUUAAGAAUGUUAAACAAGUAUUAAUGGAAAUGUCUGGUGUUGGCUACGUACCCCUAGGUCUGACCCAUGUCAUCACUGUACGGCCUGACAGGAAGUCUUUGUUAUUAUAUAUUCAAUAUUAUGUUCGCUGCUGUUAUUUCCUCCUGACAAUAUGCUGGUCACAGGAAGCUGUAGAGUGGCUACAUGUUCAACCUCUGUGCUGCACCGAGAGGGUUCCCCACUCAUUAAAAUCAGAUCUUAGUUUUCGCUACCACUAAACAAAGAUCUGAGGACAUCCCUUUACUGGUCACAUCAGGACGACCUUUCGCGAACUUUGACUGACCUAUGAAAUGACUGACAAGAAAUCAAUAUUAGCCAAUCAGAAGGCAACUUUCUCGAACCUUAUGACACUAGUUUCAAACUGGCGACUCGGCUUCGAAUCAUAUUUUGACAUAUUCUUGAUUAACAAUUUCAAAAAUGUUCUAAACAACAUUCUGGAAUGGCUUACAGAUGGCCAAGAUUGUAUGGAUAUCAUCAUAAAACCCGUAACUGUUGUUCGGAAUACCCUCUGUUAAAUAUUUCGCGGUUGCAUGAUUAGAAAACACAUUCUGACUGUCACUUUCAUGAUCUGGUAAGGGACACUCUGAUUGGGAGCCCAAUAGGAUGUCCUCAGAUCUUUGUUUAGCGGUAGCGAGAACUAAGAUCUGAUUUUAAUGAGAUUGAGAAGGUUCCCAGACCUUCAGUUGUUAUGGUUUGAAGCUGGGGUUGAAUGCACAGGGGUUAAGAUGUCCCAGCUAUGAAAUCCAAUAGACAUCCUCCUGCAUUCAAGAGAACAGAGAAACAAGGAGCUUUUACCUUGUGAGGACGCCCGAAUUGCAAAGACGUAUGACACGACUCAGGGUCCACUUCACACCUACCCCCUGCAAACUUGUAAAUACUCCAGCUAGAUCCUGCUACAGAGGAGGGGUGUGCUGUUACCAUGGUUACUUAGAAGUGCUUUGUUCCACAUUACCACUAGCUUUGUGUAUACAGCAUCUGAGUAGGAGACACAGGCCUGAUGCCACAGUUGCAUCAGUGAUCCUUGGGGUGAUUUGUAAGUUCUGUUGACUUUGCAGCUUUGUAUUUAACAUAUACAGCAAGUUCUUAAUAAAUAUCAGUUUGAUAA